CAUUCUCAUACGCAACACUCUCUUCCACGUUACAUCAUCAUCAAUAAAACAAAACAAAACCCUUUUAUGCUACAAACCAUAUUUUCCAUUUUCUGCAUCCACUACUACUUGAUCAUGUUUCUGUGAGUUGUUAUAAUAGCUAAAAAACAAACAAAAUAUGCAAAGGUUCAACUCAACAAGUGAAUCACCUUCACCACUCUAUUCUCAUUCUUCAUUCCUGUUGAGGGGAGAUGAACCUAAUCUUAAUCCAACACGUUUCUUUGAUCCUCAACUUUCAUUUCAACAACACUAUGCUGUUGAUUUAAGUUCUAUGUUUGGUGCAAAGUCUAACAAUGAUGCUGUUGCAGCAAGUAACUUGCAGUAUGGAACAUUCAACACUAAUUUUGGUUCAGCUUCUUCUUCAGGCAUGGGAGAUAAUACUCAAAAGACUGAAGAUACUUCAACAGAAGAUAUCGAUACUGAUGAUAAAAUCAAUCAAUGUUUCUCUACUGUGUCUUGGUGCAAUGGUGUUGAGAAUGAGGGUCUUGUGGUUGUUGAUUCCAAGGAGCAAUGUAAGACUAAGGAUAAAUCUGAAGAGCAGAAGAAUCUUCGUAGGCUGGUUCAGAAUCGCGAGGCUGCGAGGAAAAGUCGAUUAAGGAAAAAGGCAUACGUGCAACAACUGGAGAAUAGUCGACUUAAGCUUGCUCAAAUAGAGCAAGAGCUUCAACAAGUACAUCAGCAGGGUGCAUUUGUUGCAAACGGAGUCGCAGCGGAUCAUGGUCAUUCGGUUGGUGGAAGCAGUAAUUCAGGCGCGUUAGCGUUUGAUAUGGACUAUGCCCGUUGGGUCGAUGAACAUCAACGACUAAUCGAUGGCAUAAGAUCAGCUAUAAAUUCACAAAUGGGUGAUAAUGAACUUCAUCUUCUUGUGGAUGGUGUCAUUAUGCAUUAUGAUGAGUUAUACAGAUUGAAGCGCAUAGGUGCGAAAGCCGAUGUAUUUCACAUACUUUCGGGCUUGUGGAUAACACCUGCAGAAAGAUGCUUCAUGUGGCUCGGUGGAUACCGCUCGUCCGAACUUCUCAAGAUAGUUAGAAACCAUCUCGAUCCGUUAACGGAUCAGCAGUUGAUGGGAAUCUACAACCUGCAGCAUUCUUCUCAACAAGCCGAGGACGCAUUAUCUCAAGGCAUGGAAGCAUUGCAACAAUCCCUUUCCGAAACGCUUUCAUCCACCACCAACGGAUCUGGAAAUGUCGCCGAGUAUAUGGGCCAAAUGGCCAUUGCAAUGGCCAAACUAGCCACACUAGAGACUUUCAUUCAUCAGGCUGAUCUCUUGAGGCAACAAACACUCCAACAGCUGCGUCGAAUUUUGACCGCGCAUCAAGCUGCCCGCGCUCUCGUCGUUCUAAAUGACUACGUUUUGCGAAUUCGAGCACUGAAUUCAUUAUGGUUAGCAUGUCCUAAAGAAUCACAUUAGAGUAAUGACACAUUAACGUCGUCGAUAAGAAACCUUAUUUUCCUUAACCGCCGAUCUAAUUACCUACAUAUUCAUAUUUCCUAGUUUUCAAAUCUUGAUAAUUGUUAUGUAAAUUAUCACAUUCAAGAACAAGUUGUGGCAAUGUUAAAGCUUGAAACUAAUUGCAUGAAACAAAUUUCACAAGUUCAUUCUAUUCUCUUUUAAU